UUUAGUAGGUAUACAUCUACAUAUGGCGGCACCUCGGUCCACCACCUCCUCCUCCUCCACCCAGCCCACCACCUGGACACACAUCUGAAUGACAGACUACUAGCGCGAGGCUGCGGCGGCAGAGCUUCUCGCGCACAUUCGAGUGAGAAUAUUGACGCUGGUGUCGGAAACGCUUCGCGGAAUAUCAAGGCGCAUCAUACGCACGGCGGGAUUUUAUAUGUUAAGUUUGUUCGUUUACAUUUGAAAUGGUAUCUUUCAAACGCAUUUAGUCAUAGAUCAUUUUUAAUGUUAUUAUUGAAAGACGGCUCGUGAGAGAUUUCACCACUGACGGAUCUGUGGACGGAUUUGAGGGAUCACAUGCUCUUCCUUCAAGCGUUUUUUACGCGAUGUUUUCUUUCAUUAGUGUGAUUUUGGAUGUAUGUUGUUGAACACCUGCAAAAAAACAGCACAGUUAUCACCAUACAACAGUGAGAGCAGGACAUAUAUGUUUAUUCCAGUAUGAGGUGCCUCGUGUAGCUGGAGGAUGCUCUGUGCGUCUUGGUAACCUGCAAUGAUUUCAUUUUUAUAUUGUGGAUGUAGAAGCGACUGAAUCUUGUAAUCCGAAGAGAGCUCAUUUAACUGAAGUUUGGUUUCGUUCAAACACUUUUUUUGUCGCGACCAUGCCGGUCAGUGCGAUGCCGAGGGGUCGCUCUCUGAGCCCGGUCUCUCUGUCCCACAGACUCUCACGACUGAGGGAGUUUCGGACCCGGACUCGCAUCAUGCUUUCUCUGGGGGUUUCACAGAUGGUGCUGGGGAGUCUUAUUUUGGCUGUCAGUUUCGCCGCGUUGGCCCUCACUACUUCUCCCAGGGUCAGACAUUCAUGCCCCUUUUGGGCUGGAUUUUCGGUGCUUUUGUCUGGACUGAUUGGAGUGGUGUCGUGGAAAAGGCCUCUUUCUUUGGUGAUCACUUUCUUCAUGCUGUUGUCUGCUGUGUGUGUGAUGCUGAACCUCGCCGGAGCCAUCCUGUCCUGUCAGAACGCCCAGCUGGUCAACUCCCUGGAGGACUGUCAGCUGAUCAAAUUUGACAGUGAUGGUGUGUGUGUCUGCUGUGAGCUGGAGCACCUGAGAUCCACCUGUAAUAAUCUGGGAGAGACCCUUAAACUCAACCCACUGAGAGACUGCAACACAAUACGCCUCCGACUGAAGGAGCUGCUUUUCAGUGUGUGUGCACUGAAUGUUAUCUCCACCAUUGUGUGUGCUCUGGCCACAGCCGUGUGCUGUAUGCAAAUGGUUUCUACUGAUUUACUACAGAUGUUUAUGCCACACAGAGCACAAGCCUUGAGUGCGGAUUGUAUGACCCCCCAUGGUACGAUCUUACACCAGACACUGGAUUUCGAUGAGUUUAUCCCGCCUAUCCCCCCACCCCCCUACUACCCACCAGAGUACACCUGCACACCUGUGAUAGAGGGCCAGAGAGGCUUGCAUCUGGAUUUUCCACACUCUCCCUUCAGUGCCAUUUACGGAGUACCUAUUAACAGCCCCGGAGUUCUGUAUCCAUCUGAGCUGCCACCACCAUAUGAAUCUGUUGUAGGACAGACACCUGCUAGUCAGAUCACCACCAGUCUUGAACAACAGGUCACCGAGUCCAGUUUCUGUGAAAGGAAUACCACAACUGGCCUAAGCACUCAGGCCUCUGUUGAUAGUGCUUCCCUUAUGGUGUCAGAAACUGUAGACAUUCCUGAUCACAGUUCCUCAGAAGAUCUGUGUUCCCUAGAUGUCCAGGGCUCUGAUUCCUCUCCUUAUGGCACAACACCCAUCGUAGCCAUUGAUGGCAGCUGCACAAGCCUGGAACACAGUAUCCGACCUUCCUUGAUUCGACAGGCCCGUGCCAGAUGUGACCACAGCGAGUCUUCUGUCACACAGGAUUCUAAGCUUCAUUCGCCUCAGUUGUCACCUGAUGCUGUCCGUGGCCUUGAUAAGGAGGAGAAUGCAAGUGUUAAAUCCACGUCUCACACACAUCACAGAGAAAAAUCCAAUAGGAAACUAACCCUCCAUUUUUCGCCAAACACUACAUCCGUAUGUGCUUCCAGCUCUGCAGUGACGUCCACUGCAGGUGCAACUACCACUCUGACCCCAUCUACCUGCACCUCCCCAUCUCCCACCGGUCAGCUGCGGGGAACACGACUAUGCUUCAGCGUCUGGUCCCCAUCGUCCUCGUCCUGCUUGGCUGCACAGCCCCAUGCUACCUCUCCCCUCAGCAGCUCAAGUCCCCAGGAGCGUCCCCGCACGCUACGAGCCACCAGAGGGUACCGAAAACUAGUGAGGAUUGUGCGUUCCACUAGUGAACCAAUAUCCUGUACUUCCAUAACUAGAGGUGAUUGCUGUGCUCCUAACCAUCCACUUGAGGACUCCCCCCAGACUCCCUGUGAUCAAGCAUGUAUGGAGCUCGCUGAGAACGUCAGACGGAACCACGGCAGCCAAGGGGGCAAAAAGCUGAAGGACGGUGGAAAGGUCGAUAUUCGACUCAAACCUCAUGUCUCACCAUCUUCAGAUCGCCAGCAAUCUCUUGCAGAUCUCAAAACCUACAAGGACACCAAAAUACUGGUGGCCAAAUUCCUGGAGCACUCAAGCUGCAGUCUACCUCCAGAGGUUCAGCAGGUGGUCAAUAGUAUUAAAUGUGUUAUUAAAUCUGAUGAGAAACACAUGGAGGAGGCCAUAUUCAGUGCCAGUAUAAUCGAUCAGUUAAUGACACAGUCGCAGAAGAUCAUAAGCAGCCCGAGGAAGCUUGCUCAUGGAGACCUGCAUUUACAGAGCUGUGGAGCUUUAAGUUCCCCAUCCUCAUCCUCACGCCGUUCACCUCGAGGAUCUAAACAGACAGAUGCCUCGCCUACCCUGGAUCAUCAAUCUCCACAUCAUCCUCAAAGCCUCAUCAGUGUAUGCAGAGAAACUACACUUUAACCACCGGACAACAAAACAUUUUCCUUAUAAUCCUCUGAACAUGUGCCAAGGCCAAAUCCUAAAUCUCAUCAGCAGAAACUGUAGCUCUUGAAACAACAGCAAGUUAAUGUGGACUUGAUACUACUCCACAUAAUAAAGGUUCUUAAAAACAAAAUAAAAACACCAGUGUUUACCUGCAGGGGUAUAUUUUUAUUUCAGAAUGAAGGUAAAAUAUUUGUUUGAAUAAAUAAGUGUUGAAUUUGCUACUGUACUAAAAAGAAUGAGUCUGUAUUGGACCAAGAAUUUAGGGCAGAUGGAUGUACCCCUUUACGAAACGUUUUGUUUUAAACAUCUUCUCAAAGCAUUGUUAAAUAUUGAAUAUAUUUGGUAAUUGUGUGCUACUGCAGGACAGAGAACUUAAUGAAGCUGGAUUAUUCAACUUACCUCAGCGUGUAAUUUUUAUUUUCAGUGUUGCAAAAUAAAAUUGUGUCUGUUUGUAUUUUUUA